GUGGCAUGAGACCGAGGCGGUGCGCUCAAUGCGGUUCGACCGGUGCUUAGUGCGCUCUUAUUCUCUUAUACCAGCCUGCUGCUGCAGUAUAAGCUUUAUUAUUAAGAGUUCACACUAUGGAGGACCUUUACCAGUAUCCUAUCUUCUUCGAGUGUCCCAGUCUGGACGGAGAGCAAAGGAAGGCGAUAGAGAAGUACUUCCAUGUCCGUCGCAAGUCAGGAGGAGGAGACUGCGGAUCGAUAACAAACAUACAAGAUCAAAUUUACAGCAUCGCUUUUAAUGAGCGAGACGCUCAGCAAAGAGUCCUGCAGAGAGCUGAACAUGUGUUCAAGUUCGCAGAUGGUCCUCUGGUGCUGACUGUGCGAGACAGCCCGGGACCUUCCACCUGCUCUCCCAUCACUACCCCGACUACAAGCAAGUCACUUAGCCCAAAACUGGACUUAACUCCGUCACAGCAGAGACAGCAGUACGUUCUUACUUCAAGCCUGCAAACAAGUUAUGAAGAAUAUGAGCUACGACCUGAUUCUUACCUUCUACGUUACCUGAAGGAAUGCCCCAAGGCUGGGAAAGAACUAGAGAAACAGCUCUCCUCUGUUGCCUGCUCGGCUCAGCUGUUUCCAGAGGAGGGGAGGGUUUUAGUUAGCUGUUUAGCUCAACUUGGUUCUGCAGAUGAAGUUAGAAAUUGGAAAGCAGAGGUAGACAAAGUCUUUGAUGGCUACAUGUGGCACUAUGAGGCAGACCCUCACAAAGUUAAAGCUUUGCGUCAGUCCUGCAGCUCUCCUCAGACCACAGAUGAGGUGAAGGUGUACAUCGAGGCUGGGCUGGCUGUUGUUGUUGGGGAGUGUUCUCAGGUGAAAGCCAGGUUGAUGGAUGUAGAGGGCUCGCAUUUUAAACGAGGGUCUCCUUUAAGAGAGAAGCAAACCAGCGUUCGUCGACUGGGUGAGGCCAAGCUUCGCCUCCUCUGGAAAGAGAUUGAGCACAGUUUGGGGCGAGAUUUUCCAGGAUUGAAGGUCACGCAGGGAGCUGCAGGUCAAUUACUUUUGGAAGGUUCUCUGGAGGAGAUACUUAAAGCUGGAGAUUGGAUCUCUGAUCAGGAGAAAUUGGUCUUAGAAAGGACAGUUUCUGACAAGAGCACACAUUUUCUGGCCUUCCUCAGGAAGGCUUAUAGAGGUCCAGGGGUGCUAGGUGACUUUUUAGGGGUUGACGGUGACAAGUUGGAAGUAGAGUUACGAGACACAGAGCUACGUAUCUUAUCCCUUUCCACUGAUAAACUGGAUGAUACAGAAAAAAAACUGCAGGUGAAAUUCAAGGAAGUCAAGAUUGAUGUUCCUAACUGCUCCGCUGUGCCAUCUGACCUUCGGGAACAGCUUAAGUCCAAGACAAAUGAGAUGAACCAAGGGCAAUACAGGGCUCAUGUGGUGUUUGGCUCAGACAGCACGGUGUGCCUACUGGGCCACACCAAAGAGGUUGAAGAGCUGAGUGAAGCUGUCAUACAGUUUAUUUUGGACCAGUCAAGCAUAGAAGGCAAAGUCAUUCUCCCUUAUCCAGAACUGGUACAACUCUUACCAGAAUUGCUUCAGCUGCAUCAUUUUGACUAUUCAGGGGUUACCUUCCAUCCUUUAACAUCUUCCUUUCAGCCGACGGUGGCGCUGGAAGGCCCAUCCGGCAAAGUGACUGAGGUCAGAAACAGGCUGGGUCCAUUUCUGGACUCCAUUGUUCAGGAUAGAGUCACCAUUGACCUGCCAGGAGCAAUAAGGUAUUUCGAAAGUCCCUCUGGAAGAGGCAACAUCUUAAGUGUUGCUCAUUCUCAGAAGUGUCUCGUACAGCUCCAAGAACAACCUCAUGCUACUAGACAGAUUUUGGCAUCUGGUACAGGAGGCACAACAGUUGCUACCUACAGCCUUCGUGAUGGGUUCCAGGUGCUAGUGUGUCAGGGUGACAUCACCAAACAGGAUGCUGAUGCCGUAGUGAACGCAGCCAAUGAAGAUCUGGACCACGGUGGAGGGGUUGCUGCUGCGCUGAGUAAAGCAGGUGGCCCUCAGGUGCAGAAGGAGAGCAGAGCUUUGAUAAAGCAGACCGGAAAAAUCGCUACAGGUGAUGUGGUGGUGACCACAGGGGGGAACUUAAAAUGCAAGAAACUGCUGCAUGCUGUUGGUCCUGUAGGUGGAAAAUCAGGUGGCAGAGAAAGGAUCUUACUGGAAAAAACUGCUCGGUCUGCUCUGGAUUUAGCAGAGAUGAUGGAGUUCAGGUCUAUAGCCAUGCCCUGUAUCAGCUCAGGGUUAUUUGGGGUUCCUGUCACUGUGUGCUCUGAGGCUAUUGUAAGUGCUGUUAAGGAGUUUGGCAGUCAGGGAGGGCGAAGUCUGAGCAGAAUCAUCCUGAUUGAUAACAGAGGAGAGGUGGUGAGGGCCAUGCAGGAAGCAUGUGACCGGCUUCUGCAAGGGACAAGUACCGGAAACAGUGCACCAAGUGAUCUGGGGUUCCAAAGAGGAGCCACAGCUGGAGCUCCUGAAGAUGGUGUCCAUGUCGAGGUUGUUCAGGGAACCAUCGAGACCCAGCAGGUGGAUGGCCUGGUAUCCCCUAUGGUUGGCCAUCAUCCCCUCUCUACCCGUGUUGGAAACGCUUUGUCAGACAUGGUUGGACCUCAGCUGACUGCCAAGUUUCAUAAUGAAGCAGGUGGAGCAACACUGCCUGGUGACACAGUCCUAGUGGAGGGCUUGCCUGCCCUUCGAUCUAAAGGAGUGUUCUUCCUCAACCUUAUUCCCUGGGACAAUAACCCACAUGGAACAGCUGUCCAGGCUCUGAAACAUUGCAUCAGAAAACUUCUGGCUUCCUGUCAGAUCAGAGGCUUUAGUUCAGUUGCUCUCCCUGUGCUUGGGACCGGUGCAGUCCUGCGGUUUCCUCACAACAUGGCAUCCAAGGUUCUACUGGAGGAGGUCCGUGAAUUUGAACAGAACCGAAUCAGCAGAACAUCUUUCCUGGUCCGUAUUGUCAUCCACCCCAAUGACAAAGAAUCUAGCAAGGCCUUCCAGUCUGCCCAGGAAGCUAUACAUCUCAGAGGAUUCACCAACGAUGCUAACCCAGACCAAGCCUCCUUUUAUCGCCAUGUCUCCACAACUAACAAUGAGGUCACAGCCAUGCUGGGUGGAGUCAAGCUUCAGAUGGUCCACGGUGACAUCAUCCAUGAGAGCACUGAUGCCAUUAUCAACACAACUGACUUUACCAACCAAGCUGGUGUGUCUAAAGCUAUUCUGACUGCAGCAGGGUCCAGUGUCCAAGCACAGUUAGCACAAGUGGGCAUUCCAGCAGACCUCAUGUGCACCACAGGACCCGGGUUGCUUGGCUGCAGGGAAAUCAUUCAUGCUAGUUUUAAGUGUGACCCUCAGAUGUUUCGGAAGAAUUGUAAAAAGAUACUGAAGCAGUGUGAGAGCAAAGGCUACCACUCAGCGGCCUUCCCAGCUAUCAAUACUGGUAUGGCUGGUAUGGACUCCGUCAAAGCUUGUAAAGCCAUGCUCGAUGGCAUGGCCUCAGCUAUUACGGGCUUGAAACCAAAUUCGCUCACACUCAUCCGCAUUGUCAUCCUCCAGUCGUCGGUCUUCCAGGCUUUCAGAUCAGAGCUGGAGAACCGCUUGGGACAACCAGUGGCUCACCGCCUCAACCUGAGAGAAAAAGCUAAACAAAUUCUCAAGAAGUGUCAAGACAAGUGUUCAAGAACCUCCACAACUUCAACACCUCAAAGCAAAACCUUCACCUCCUCAAAGCCACCGCCGGCUGUGAUCACUGUGAUUAGUUGUGGUCCAGACACCAUCAGGACCAUCAGGGGAGAUUUGGAGGGCGUCCUGCAGAAGCAGCUGGUAGAGAGAGAGGUGGAUGUGCAGGAUUUUUCCAGGCUAGAUGCGAUGGAGCUGGAGGCAGUGCAGGCCAAAGUUAAAGUCUUAGGAAUAAGCCUGGAGCACAGGAGACGUCAAAGUUCUGACGGUGUGAACAACAGCAGAGCAGGAAACACAGCCAGAGCUGAAGCUAGAGAUCGGUUGGGGUCAGGUAGAGAGGUGUAUGUGCUGAAAGGCCUAAAAGAGGACGUGUUGAGCGUCAUUGAGCUUUUAAACCGAGCAAUUCAAAAGUCACUCUGCGAAGACCUCCAAGAUAAAGAAGAAGCAAUGGUGGCUCUCGAUGUCCAGUGGUCGAUGCAGGAUGUAAAAAAAGUGUGGCACGAGAUGAGCCUGCAUGACAACUACAUGCUGGAGGAGGCUCACAUGAAGAAGCAAGUGUCUGUAGAAAUGACGGCACCAGACGGCAUGACGGUGACCGUAAACCUGAAGAAACAAGAAGCCACAAAUUGGCUAACGGGCAUCACGUACAAAGUGAAAAGGAGCGAGUCUGAAACAACCUUAGAGUUGCCAACACAAUGGGAACCUAUGCACGGAGAAGUCUUUAAAAAGGUCGAGCUGCGGCCUAACUCAACGGAGUACCAGGCUGUAGCCAAGGGCUUCCUCAAAACGGCUAAAUACAACAUCCGCAAAAUUGAGCGUGUGCAAAACUUCUACCUGUGGCACGCCUAUGCUUUGAGUAGGCAGCGUAUACUUGCCAAGAAUGGCCCAGCAGAACUCGGGGAGAAGCAACUCUACCACGGCACAUCAGCAGAGUCCUGCGACUGCAUUGAAAGGGACAGAUUUAACAGGAGCUACGCUGGAGCAAAUGCUGCUGCGUAUGGAAAGGGAGUUUACUUUGCAGUCAAUGCAAACUAUUCAGCAAAUGGAUUUUCCCCAGCAGACACGUCCGGCUUGAAGAGGCUGUACGUGGCUCGUGUCCUGACCGGCCGUUACACACUCGGUAAUUCUUCCAUGAAAGGCACCCCUGCCCGAGGCUCAGACCCCACCGACUGCUUCGACAGUUUGGUGAACAACCUGCAGCAGCCCGCCAUGUUUGUGAUCUUCCACGAUGACCAGGCCUACCCAGAAUACCUCAUCACCUUCAAAUGAGUAAAACUGAUUGCAGGUUAAAUAGUACCAAAAAUAGUUGUACCUUAGAAUGUGCCAUACACUUUUACUCUCUGUUAAUGUUCAAUUUGUAUUUUCCUGAGCAGAUUUUCAGCCAUUUUCAUUUCCCAACAACACAGAAGCCCUUUUACAGUAUUGUAUAACAAAAACAACCAGAUGUGGUCACAAAUAGACAAGAUAGUCAGCCUUGUAUUGAAGGACAAAGCUGCACCCCAGAAACAUGCCUCAAAAUUAUACUUUUCUUUUUUAGAAAUCCUAUUUUUCUGACUUAUAUGUGAUAUAAAUUGUGAUAUAAAACCUGAAAUAUUCAAUAUCUUCCAAAUCUGAAAGCAGUAUUUGCAAAUGUUAUGUUAUCGUAAUGUAACUCCUAAUAAGCGGUGUGUUAAUUUGGCAAAGAUGUUCUUUAAGGGUUAUUGUGUUUUCAUUUAUUUGAUCUCAUUGAUUGAUACAGUACUUAAGAGAGAAGUAUUUCUUUUGGUUAAUUUUUUUUUUUUAUUGAUAUACAUCUUAAGUUUUAGCGCAUUAUUUAUCCAAUUAACUUUGAUGGAAUAUUAUGUAAAAUAUUAUAUAUCUAUAUAUACACAUACAUACACAAUACAUGCAAAAAAGAAUAAGCCAACAUCAAACAAGCAGGGGUUAAAUCAUCUGCACCAUGAUAAUUGGUUAUUUGGGAAGUACAAUUUUUGAUGCUAGACUUCCAAAAAUAUGUAGUAAAUAUAUUGAUUUAAAAAAAUCAAAUUAAAUGAUGACGAUUUUGUAACAGAGGAAUCCAAAGUAAAGAUAUUUCAGACAUUAUAAAAGUAGAGAGGGUUUUUCUUUGAACGGUGGCAGAGAAUACAGGAGCGAAUGAGCAGUGUCUGUUUUUGUAACCGUGCCAUUUAUUAACAAUUUUAGAGGGAGUACACCUUUCUUAACAAUGUAAAAAGAUUUAUAAUUAAAAAUGAUUUGUAAAUUAUGA